AUGCAUUUCCAAUCCCUCACCAUCCUCUCCCUCGCCGCCUUCGCCGUCGCGCUUCCCGCAUCCCUCCAAACCCGCCAAGCCGGCGUCCUCCAAGCAACAACCUUCAACGACAUCUCCAUCGCCGGCGGCCAGGCUGGCAACGCCGAGGAAGAAGCCGCCGCCGCCUUCUCCGCGCUCGACCUCACCGACCCCGCAAGCGUCUCCAAAGCAGACCAAGAUUUCCUGAACGAAGUAAACCAAGUCGCCAACGACGCGGAGAAAGAAGCAUUCAAUCCCGCAGUGGAGGCGGCGACGGGUACUGCGGCGGAGGCUGCUCAGAAUUCGAGUGCUGAUGCGUGUGUGCAGAACGGCAAGAUCAAGAACAAGGUGCUCAAGCUGAUGGCGACGGUCAUCAAGCUCGAGGCGCAGCAGGCGCAGGGCGAGGAUGUGGCGGCGAAACUGGCCGAGGAGACGAAGAAGCUGGAUAACAAUAUCGCGACGGAUAAGGCGAAUGCGGGGCAGGCGAGUACGGCGGUACCGUUUGAUGCGGCGAUUGCUGCGUAG